AUGUUGAGCGAAAAGAAAGACAAAGAUUUUUUAAGCCAAUUUAUAGCCAAAAAAGAUGUGCCCUCCUGGUUUCGCGGCACAUCUCCAUUCCAAAUUGAAGCAGCCGAUCAGCUUUCUACCUCGAUACGAGAUGAUAUUGAACAGGAAACAUGCCAUCGGGUGUGUCAUUGCUUAACCCGGCUCGGUUUGGUGCCAAGUGUGCCCCAUAGGGACUUAAAAAUUCUCAUGAAGCUGAGUGGUGGUAAUGAUUUAGCCUUUUUAUGGUUUCUCAUGGAGCUAUAUUACAAGACACCAGGAGACAAAUACAACAGCCUCAAUGAACAAGUAAUACUCUCGUCGAUAGCGCAUCUUGAUAUGGUAACAACAUUACGUGAAUUGGAUCGUAUUUUACCGCCGGGUCAUGCGUCGAAGCGACAAUUGGAACAGCGACGGAAGCGGCUACAAAGAAAUAAAAGUUGGCACAUGCUACCGCAUGAGAACCCUAAGAAGCAAUCGUCUUCGCCCUACUUUGAUCGAUUAGAACGGCCAGUGCCAUAUGGUAAACCGCUGGAUCUAGAAAGACCAGAUUAUAAGGUACGAUUCUUUCGUUAUGACAUCUAUAAGGACCCAAAUUAUAUGCCGCCAAAUGAGCAGAAUCGUUGGUAUGCUAACUAUUUUUUGAAUAAAGCCAAACGUAUUUCGACAAAAACAGUACGCGAUUACCUCAAUGAACUUAUGGAAGUUAUCGGCCUUCUUCCGUCUACCAUAGAGGAUGCUACUACCUUUAUAGAUUUGGCAUUAGAGGGGAUGACAGACUUAAAACAUGGCAGAACUUUAUGUAAGAAGCAUGAAUUAGAAGAGGAAGAACGUCGUUUUAGGCGUGAGCAGCAGGCUGUAGAACAUCGGCAAAAAUGCUUAAAAAGUCUAGAAAUUUUCCCUAAACAAAAACAGGCACGCCUUGAAAAAAUACACACGAUGCUAGAGAAUAACGUCGCAAUGUACCGUCUACAAUAUCGACAUAAACUACGAGAUCAUUUGGGCGAUCGCACUUACAUACGUUUACUUGGAAAAGAUGAUUAUAGCGAGUACUUAAUCGACGAUGAUAAAGGGGGAGAAUGUAUCGAAAUGCACCCAUGUAAAAAAUCAGCUUCUACUGCAACGUUGAAACGUUUUCAAGAUGAAAGUGCAAACAUAUCAAUGCAUUCGAAUGAAUUUAAAUCGCUUUACAACGCAGUAAAGUUGUAUCCUAAAAAUCAUCGCCCAUCAUUUGGCCAAACCGAACAUGAAUUCAAUAAUUUAUACUAUGGGAAUCUGGAGACGCCGCCAUCAUCGCAGCGUUAUUUUGUAGCACCAACCAAAGACAAACCGUACCAUUUUGAUUACCCAAAAAUUUUUCAUUACAAAGAUAAGGAAGAUGAGCGAACAUUUAUUAAGGAAAAAUGCGUUGAUGCGCUGGACGAAGCACCAAAACAUGUACCUAAGAUGGUAGAUUUUACGCCAGAUUUGGGUAAAUUAUCAAAGAAAUGUGCCGAUGAAAUAUGGCAAGAAAAACUCAAAGAAUGGAACGUAGCAUCUGAAGCGAGUAAGUCCACUGAAUUACCACGAGGUGUCACCGAUCCCUAUCCGGCGGAUAUGCCGCGCUUACCAUUCUAUGAUUGUGAAGAUAAAAAACUAAUGGACGAUAUGUUAAGAAUUGCUUUGCAUGAAAUGAGCAAACAUCCAAAAUUCGUAUUAGCAUCUCUGCCAAAUGCUCACAAGCUUCCAUUGCUACGCGAAUGGAUAUAUCAACGUUACGGCAAGCGAUACACACAUGCACAGCGUGUUGCCGAGUUAAAUAAUUCAAUAAAAAUAAUGAAUACUCUGCUGAAAUUAAAAUUGCAAGCAAUACUGCCGGAACCAACUGCAAUCGGAGCAAAGUUUAAUCAAAACUAUGGUUGUCACAAGUAA